ACUCGAUUGAAACACGACGCGUAUAAAGUGGCAUAAUGGAUGGCCUUGGGUAACAACUCUCUUCACGAACUUGGAGUCUCUCCUUUCCGCUACAUACUCUUCGGAAUAUACAUACAACCAUGAUGUCCUCGAGGCUAUCUAUACGUUCUGCGGUUCGCAUCGGAUCUCGUCGAACGCCUGUCCACGCAAGGUUUCAGUCAACGACCGCCUCAUCUGGAACCGCCGGCUCUCAUGUCGCUGCGGGUGUCGCCGGCGGAGGCGUCGUACUUCUUGGUGGUUACACGUACUACCACUUUUCGAGCCUCAAAACGGCCGUGCAGACGGCCCAGUCUGCGCAAGACUACAUCCGCGAUACCUCGAACCGCGUAGCGAGCACCGUGUCGGAGCACGCCAAGAACCCGUCGAAAGCGCUCCAGAAGCUGCGCCAGGUUGCGCAUUCGUACGUCGCGCUCAUACCCGGCGCGGCGGCAUACGUCGACAGCACGUUCGACGUCUUUGACCAAGUGGCCGAGACCCACGGAGACGAAGCAGACCGCAUUGCGUCGGAGGCGUAUGCCGAGAUCGAGAAGGUCAUCAAGGAGAAGGGCGGACCGACGAACGUGGACGCGGCGGCGGCAUGGAAGAUCGUGGACGUGCUGAGGCGGAAGAUGGCGGAGCUUGGAGAGCUCGCGAAGAGCGCCGGACAGAGCGCAAUCGGGCCGAUACUGGACAAGCACCCUGAACUGCGUGACAAGAUCGGGGGAGGGUACGAACAAUUGAGGGCAUUGGCAGAAUCGCAAGGUGGCGAAGCGAAGAAAAUCCUUGAUGACACCACUAAGCAGCUUCAAGAGAUAUUUUCCAAAGGCUUCUCGACGGACGCGGUGAACCAAGCUCGUGAGCUCCUCCAGUCGAAGUCGCAAGAGGUCCGCAAGAUUGCAGAGCCCGCGACGCAGGAGGCGUGGAAAAAGGCCGUCGAGCAGGCCAAACCUUACCUUGACAAGGCGCCAGAAAUCCGCGACCUUCUCAACGAAAAUGCGAACAAGUUCACCGGGGCUGGCAUCGCGUAUCUGCAGGGUCAUGGAAUGGGCGAGUUGUGGGACCGAGUGAAGGAUGCCGCAAACGGUGACAAGCACAAGCAGGAGGAGCUGAAAAAUUUCAUCCUGGAUAAGGCGAAGGAGGCGGCGGAGAAAGGGGAGCAGAGCGUCGGGGGAGGCGUAGAAGGCAUCCUUGACCUAGUGAAAUUGGUACCUGGUGGCCAAGAGCUGCUCGAGAAGAGCCCUAACAUCAAGGUCCUGGCUGAGAUAACACAAUCUCGCAGCGAACAGGCGCAGAAGCUUGCACAGGAAACUUAUCGCGACAUCUUGAAGGUUUUGGACGAUAAGGCGAAGAAGGCAAAAGACCUUGGGGAAGGAGCGAAGAAAGAAGCAAAGGAAAAAGCAUAAAAUACACCUGCAACUUGGACAUUGACCAUGACGCUCGAC